AUGGCCGCCGUCGACGCCGCGGACCUCGGCGUCGGGCCCGGCGCCUGGUGCGCGGCCGAGGCGCGGUCGGGCCGGCGGUGCGACGUCUGGCACGUGCCCGUCGCCGAGUCGCCGGACUACAGCAUCUGCGUCUUCCUCCUCGGCCCCGGCGCGCGCAUCCCCGCGCACGACCACCCGGGCAUGACGGUCCUCUCGAAGAUCCUCCAGGGGUCGCUCGACGUCGCCUCCUUCGACAUCGUCGCGGACAACGGCGACGGCACCUUCGCCGCGGCCGCGCGGUGGAGGACCGUGGAGGCGCCGCGGUUCUCGGAAUUGUACGCGACGCGGGACAACGUCCACGAGUUCGUCGCGGGCCCCGAGGGCGCCUGCGUCCUCGACGUGCUCUCGCCGCCCUACGACGCCGCCGGCGGCCGCGACUGCCACUACGUCCGCGUCGUCCGCGCGGACGGCGCCGCCGCGGUGCUGGAAGUGUACGCGGACGGCGUCGAAAAAAACAGACUUCAAACCUCUCUAUCUCGAUCAAAUCGAAGUCGAUUUGGCUGA